CUGCCCUGCCUGCAGUGCUCCUGUCUCCUCGGCAUCAAGGGUUUGGGCCUGUGUGGAAAGCAGAGAACAUGGCGGCGACAGGGACGUUCCGCAUGGUGUCGGAGGAGGAGCAGGCCAUGAGGGCCAAGCUGGAGCACCUGACGGUGAAGGACCAUGGCCCCGUCUUUGGCCCCUGCAAGAAGCUGCCCGACCACACCAUACAGAAGGCGAAGGAUGAGUUGAACGAGACCCCGGAGAGGAGGGCGUCCGCCCUCAAGGAGCUGAGGGGCCUGAUGAAGGACCGGGCCGGGGAAGGGGACGAGCUGGCCAAGAGCGUCCAGGAGAAGUUUGGGGACAAGCCCGACUCUCUCAUCCUGAGGUUCAUCCGCGCGCGCAAGUUUGACGUGGGCCGCGCUCAUGAACUUAUGAAGGGUUAUGUGAGGUUCCGCAGGGACUACCCCGAGCUGUUUGAGAACCUGACCCCGGAGGCGGUGCGCAGUACCAUCGAGGCCGGCUACCCGCGCAUCCUGGCCAACAGGGACCGCUUCGGACGCGCCGUGCUGCUCUUCAACAUCGAGAACUGGGACCUGGAGGAGGUCACCUUCGAUGAGGUGCUGCGUGCCUACUGUGUGAUCCUGGAGAAGCUCCUGGAGAAUGAGGAGACCCAGAUCAACGGCUUCUGCCUGAUCGAGAACUUCAAGGGCUUCACCAUGCAGCACGCCUCAGGCAUCAAGCACACAGAACUCAAGAAGAUGGUGGACAUGCUGCAGGACUCCUUCCCAGCCCGUUUCAAGGCGGUGCAUGUGAUCCACCAGCCCUGGUACUUCACCACCACCUACAACGUGGUCAAGCCCUUCAUGAAGAGCAAGCUGCUGGAGAGGGUGUUUGUGCAUGGGGAGGAGACGGAGGGCUACUUUAAAGAGUUCGAGCCCGAGUAUCUCCCGCCAGACUUUGGCGGCAAGGGCCCCGACUGCGACGGCAAGGUGACCGCCGCGAAGAUCUUCGGGUCCGAGGACACCGCCCUUUAACCUCCUGACCUCUGUCGCCACGGAAACACUCACUUUGACUCCCACACGUACGCAAAAGGAAAGUUCUAGAAUGUUGCGGUACAGUAUAGGGGGCCAUGAGGACAGGUGCUAAGUGGGUAGGGUUUGGCUGCGUUACAAGGUAUGAAUCCGGGCUAAAGUAAGUACGGUACAAAAGCGAGUCAUCUAUCUAGUACAGAGUGAGUUGUAGAGGUCUUGCUGAAUAGAGGUUAAAAGAGAUUAUGUCCGCACCGCACAUCACAGUCACACGACACCGCACACCCUCUCUGUAUGGAUAUGAGGGAAAUGCUCGGUGCAGACGAGACAGAGGUCAACCGUGUUAUAAAUUCAAACCCUUUGUUAUUUUUUUUCCAGUUCUUUUGUUUCCUUUUGACUUGUAUGUGUAGAUGAUUUAUAAUAAAGCCUCAAGGAUGCUUCUGUGUCUACUGAGCAGCUGCUGUAGAGAUGUCA